AUGUCUGCGGAGAUUUGUUAUUGUAAUGUCAGCAAUCUGUCGCUUGGCCAACGUAUAACUCAAGACAGCGAUGAAAACGACGAGAACAGAAUAUCUGCAUCUCUGGACAAUGUUUUAGGCUGUGCUAUGUUUCUUAACUACUCUCUCGGGGCUGUUUUAAUAUGUUUAACUGCAUUCACAUUCACGAUGGUUGACAGCUUUUACCUAUCCGUCCGUUAUUUUUCUUUCUUUGUGUCUCUUCUUGUUGAAAGCUUCAACCUAUGCAUAGCAGGGCAGAUUUUAAGUGAUCACAGUCAAGAUUUGACUAAGUCUAUUUACUCUGCUGACUGGCCCAACGCAAGUCCACAAGUCAAAAAGUUGAUGUUGAUGUUCAUGAUGCGCACUCAGAAACCAUUUCAAUUGACAGCAAACGGGUACCUCGUCAUGAACUUAAACACAUUUAGUGCUAUAUGCAGUACCUCAUACCAAUUUUUUAAUCUACUACGCACGAUGUACCCU